AGAUCCCGACAUUCAGCGGCAUCGUAGUUCGACACAUGUUUCGAUAGCUUUAAUAUUGUGCAUACUCAACGCAUUUAGUCUUUGAAUUUAAUUCUUUUCAUUGUUUUCCACUUAUUCCCUCAAUGGCUCGAGUUCGUCGAUGGGACAUGAGUCGGAACAUGAGAAGUUAAGUGCACAUGAGUUUAGGUUGCGAGGUGAAUUAUUCAGAAGAUCCCUUCCGCCGUGUUCCAGAUGCUGAGCGACCCACGUAUCAUCGAGCCUCAUCCCUUCCAGAGUGCCUCUCCCUUCUGCCUGCAGGGGGCAGUGUAUCAAAUCUUCUGUCCAUGGUGCUGAGUAGACUGCCGCUGUCUACAGUGCUGAACGCUCCUGCGGUGUCAAGCUCCACUCGGGCUGCGGGACCUCUGGUUCGGUUCCAACCGUCUGGAUCAGAGGUUCUUUUCCCUCACAGUCUUCUGCACCGGUACGAGUGCUGGCCCGACGAGUCGCAGCGGAGGGGGAGGGGACACCGGCAGUAGGGACGGAAGAUCAUGAGUUCAAAGGUCAGAUUGUGAAGCAGCAGGAAACUGUGGAGAAUUCUUCAAGCGAGGACCAGGACAGCACCAAUAUGAGCCAAGACACAGCAGAGACUCGCACCCGAACUCGAUCCAAAGGCAUUAGAGGGGCUUCAGAUCUCAUCGGACAAGAGCUCAAGCAGGAGCUGAGCAGCAGCUGUCCGACCCCGGGAUGCGAUGGCAAAGGUCACGUCAGUGGGCGAUACUCUCGACAUCGGAGCAUGCUGGGGUGUCCCAUGGUGAAGAAGAGGAAGCUGGAGGAGGCAGAGACCGAGGAGAAUCAAUCCACACCCAAGCGGAGGAGCCAGCCAGCAAAAGUGAAUCAGGAUGAGUGUACUGCUGUGGACAGCGACGCUGAAGAGGACACUAAGAAAGACGAAGGCGAGGAAGAGGAGGAGGACCUGAAGGAGCAGAAGAAGAAAACUAAGGACCAGUUGGAGAUGAAACAUGCAAACAGCUCCUCUUCCUCCUCAAAGGAAGCUGAGGAAUCACCAGUUUGUCCCGCAGAUGAACCCGACCAGAGCAAGAGUUCCCCCUCUGAAACCAAUGAGGGGGAGGAGGGAGAAAGUCAAGCACAAACGGCUGAUGAGCAGAAGCUCGGUGAGGAGGAGCAGCAGGGGGCUGGAGGCGAGGAUGCUGAGGCGCAACAGCCGGGGGAAGAGGAAAAAAGAGCUGAGCAGGAAGAUGCAGCUGCAGGUUUAGGAAAGGAAGAGGAGCAAACAGAAGAGAAGGUGGAGAAGGAGAGGGUGGAAGAGGUGGAAGAGGAUGAAGGGGAGGAGGAGCAGGAGGAGAGCAACAGAGAGGAGGAGGAGGAGGAGGAGGAGCAGAAGAAGGGGCUGCAAGUGGAGAAGCAACACAUGCCAGUAGAGAGGCAGAUCAGAUGUCAGGAGAACUCGGAUCACCAGUACUCAUCUGAUUAUAACCACCAAGUGAAGGAACUGCCACAGAAACAUAAAGAUGCAGUGGAGGAUGAAGAGUUAGAUGAGGAGGAAGAGGAGGAGGAGGAAGAGGAGGAGGAGGAGGAGGAGGAAGAGGUGAUGCAACAGAAAGCAACUUCCCACUCUGGGAGUCCACAUACUCAGGGAUCUGAAACCGAGGAGUCCUUUAGGAUAGAGAAAGCCGGCACGCCCUUGACUGAAGAGGAGGAGGAGUACGAGGAGCAGAGGGAGGAGGAAGAGGAGGAGGAGGAGGAAGAGCAGGGGGUGGAAGCAGGGGAGGUCGUAGUAGAGGAGGAAGAGGAGGAGGAGGAGGAGGAGGACGAAGAGGAUCAGGACUCUAGCAAAGCUUCUCCGAGUACAGUGAUGAUCGAGGUUCACAGUGAGGAAGGGGAGGAGGAGGAAGAGGAAGAGGAGGAUGAUGAUGAAGAGGAGGAGGAAGGACAGGAUCGUGUCUCAGAGGGCUCAGGGAUCACAGAUGACUCAGACAACUGGGACAUGACUCGAGGGAACCUGGGCCUUCUGGAGCAGGCCAUCGCCAUGAAGGCGGAGGAGGUGCAGGGAGGGGCGGAGCCCUGGAGCUCCCCGGACCACCACCCGUACAGCAGUUCCAGCCAGAGCUCGGAGACCCAGCCUGCAGGGGGGCGGCGGGGAUCCCACUACAGCAAAGACAAGAAGGAGGUCAAGUGUCCGACCCCUGGCUGUGACGGGACGGGUCAUGUGACAGGGCUGUACCCUCACCACCGCAGUCUCUCAGGAUGUCCUCACAAAGACAGAAUCCCCCCCGAGAUCCUGGCUAUGCAUGAGAACGUCUUGAAGUGUCCCACACCUGGCUGCACUGGCCAAGGGCACGUCAACAGUAACCGAAACACCCACCGCAGCUUGUCAGGCUGUCCCAUCGCAGCCGCGGCUAAGCUUAACAAGAGCCAGGACAAGCCGGUGCACUUACAGAGCUCGGCCAGUGAGCCCACCUCCAACUCAGACCGGGUUCUCAGACCCAUGUGUUUCGUGAAGCAGCUGGAGAUCCCUCAGUACAGCAGCUACAGACCGGGCACCGUCACCACCACCCCCCGAGCCAACCUGGCCAAAGAGCUGGAGAAGUACUCCAAAGUGUCUUUCGACUAUGCAAGCUUCGACGUCCAGGUCUUCGGGAAGCGCAUGCUUGCUUCAAAGACGGCCAACGUGGCGGAGACAUCGCCGAAGCCCUUCAAAUCUAAACCCGUGCCCAAAGCCUCGUCCCCGACUCACAGUGCAUCAGGAGGUUUUCCCAACAGCUCUUCCUCCUUCACGUCUUACGACUACAGCCAGGACGCCGAGGCCGCUCACAUGGCGGCCACUGCCAUCCUCAACCUGUCCACCCGCUGCUGGGAGCGACCCGAGACCCUCGCCAAACCUGAAGAACCCGCUCACAAGGAGCAGGACAUUGAAGUGGACGAGAACGGCACCUUGGACCUCAGCAUGAAGAAGACCAAGAGGGAGGGCGUGCAGUCCCCAGAGCCUUCAUCUUCCUCAUCUUCAUCCUCGCAGCACAUGGGUGCUGCUUAUUCUCAGGACCAAAAUCAAGCCGACUGGGAAGGACCACUGGACUUCACCCGGCCCAUCGGGGUGAAAGAGGAGGACCAAGAGGAGGCUGAGUACACAGCGCCGUCCUACACCUCGUCGGACGGCGAGGAUGACGACCAGGAGAACCUGGAAGACAGGAGAUACCCUGGGGAGGUCACGAGCAGCAGCUACAAGCUCAAGUUGCAGCCCAAAGACACCAAGAAAGAGGUUCUGGUGUGUCCCACCCCUGGAUGUGAUGGCAGCGGACACAUCACUGGUAACUACGCGUCACAUCGAAGUCUCUCAGGCUGUCCUCUUGCUGAUAAAUCUCUUCGGACCCUAAUGGCUGCCCACACAGCUGAGCUCAAGUGUCCCACCCCAGGUUGCGACGGAUCAGGUCACAUCACCGGGAACUACGCCUCACACAGAAGCCUGUCCGGGUGCCCUCGGGCCAAAAAGGGCGGGAUCAAAUCCACCCCAACCAAGGACGAUAAAGAUGACUCCGAGCUGCUGAGGUGCCCAGUCCCGGGCUGUGACAGUCUGGGUCACAUCAGCGGGAAGUACGCCACCCACCGCAGUGCCUACGGCUGCCCGCUGGCUGCUCGCCGACAAAAAGAGGGCCUUCUCAACGGGACCCCAUUCUCCUGGAAAGCCUUCAAAUCUGAGGGUCCCACCUGCCCCACGCCGGGCUGCGAUGGGUCCGGUCAUGCCAACGGGAGUUUCCUGACGCACCGCAGUCUGUCCGGCUGCCCUCGAGCUUCCAGCAACAAGAAGAGAGCCAAGUUCCCAGGCGACGAGUACAUCACGGCCAAGUUCAGAGCCAGUGAUGUUCUGGACAACGAUGAAGACAUUAAACAGCUCAACAAAGAGAUCAACGAACUGAGCGAGUCCAACUCUGAGAUGGAGGCAGACAUGAUGAACUUGCACACUCAGAUCUCCUCUAUGGAGAAGAACCUGAAGAACAUGGAGGAGGAGAAUAAGGAGAUCGAAGAGCGCAAUGAGGCCUUGUUCCUGGAGCUGUCUGGCCUGAGCCAGGCCUUGAUCCGCAGCUUGUCCAAGAUCCGCCUGCCAACCAUUGAGCCGGUGUGCGAGCAGAACUUCGACAGCUACGUGGACACGCUCACAAACAUGUUUACCGAUAAAGACUGCUACCAGAACCCGGAGAACCGAGCCCUGCUGGAGUCCAUCAACCAGGCGGUGAAGGGCAUCGAGGUGUGAGAGCGCAUCCUUGGCGGCGCGGUCCGAUCAUGUCUGUUUUUUGUAUGUUCCCUUGUGACACGUGUUGGUGGUGCGAAGGUGGGAAGCAUGGCGGAUGACUUGUCAACAAUCAGAAGAAUCAUUCUUAGUUAGCGAGCCUCCUCACUCUGUUGAUCGUGUUCUUUAUGACCAUUGUGAUGUUGCACCUUUGAAACUAGUUUGUAGAACAAUUCUUACUAUUGCUGCGUAACUAUUCAAGUUCCUUUUGUUCCUCAAGUUCCAUGCUCUUCAUGUCUGCAGUAUUAUUUAUCUUCUAUUUAUUACUCCUAUUUAAUAUUUAUUUUUUACAUUUUUAAAUGCUACCUAAGACAUUAUAAAUCACGAGGAGAAUGGAAGGUCAUUUCUUUUGCAUUGUUCAAAAAAUAUUUUAAGAUAUCAACUGCAAAAAUUGUUUUAUAAAUGUUUUUAUUUAUUUAAAAAUACCGGGGUCUUUUUAUUGGAAAUAUUUUGUAACUAAAGCUUUUUAAAUGAUUUUCUAAAUAUUUUUGGUGCUUUUCUUUGUUUGAUUUUACUUUGAUUUCCACAAACUAUUUUGAGUACAUUGCAAUACACUUGGAAUAUUGAGCUGCACAUAUUAGUAUUUAUUUGUGAAGAACAAAGUGAUGGUGAAUAUUUAUUUUGUAUUGUCUGUGAUGAUGACUGUGAGUCCAUUAAAGUCUGACUUUAACUUGGG